AUGGCCACCCAAGCUUAUAGUACUUGCGCCCUUCCUGAAGGUCUUCGCUACUAUCUUCUUCGCGGCAGCGUAAUGGUCCCGCUGGUACCAGUAGACCAGCUUCCAUUUCAACUACAAGGAAUCCCACGCCAGUUGACUCAUCGCCAGAUCUCAGACGGAGCCUGGAAGCUUUGCUCAGAGACCGAGGAGAUCCCUUCGACUCUCCUGAUCCAAGCGCCUACAUCCAGCAGCUUCUCGCCUCGCUCCACUACAACGACGCAGUCACGAUACCUGGCACCAGACCAUCAUGUACGUGCGGAGCCGCAAACAUUGCCCGUGAGCGGCACUCGCUCUCCUCGACUAUCUCAUACCCUCCCAGCGAUCGUAAAUACGGCAGAGCCACCUCGUCCAACCCCCACCGCUACUACCGACCGCCCCUCCUCACUCACCGACACCUUCGCCUCCAUCUACCAAAAAGAUGCACAACGUCUCGGAUACCGCGUGCCCCACCCCUCUGGCAUCGAGCCCGACCCAUCCAAGAAAGAGUACUGCACCCACUGGAUCAAGACCGGCGAAUGCGACUGGACAGCCAUCGGAUGCAAGUUCAAGCACGAAAUGCCCGGCAUCGAGAAGCUGCGUGAACUAGGUUUCGUACGAGGUAUACCGAAGUGGUGGAGAGAGAAGUCGGCGAUCGGGCCCAGGCCGCCUACUUGGAUGCAGCGAAGACUCGCGGCGAACGAGGACGCGGAUCAGGAUGGCGCGAUGUUGGAGGCAAGAGUGUUUCCUGAUCCUUCGACGUUUCGGACGAGGAGGAGUGAGGAGCGUGAUCUGCUGGGGGAUGAGGUGCAGCAGCCGCGUGGUAUCUUCAAGAGGAACGAGUCUCCUGGGCAGACUACAUCAGGACGAUUGACGCCUCCGCCAUUGCCAGUUCAGGAAUCUGUUCGCCGUGCUAGCCAAGUAUCAGAUCUGCUCAUCGAUCUCGACGAUAAUCCUGCUCCUCCACCCAGCUCUGAGUCAUCUCGCGCUUCGGAAGCCAGUUCUGGGUCCAGUGAGAUGCAGAUCCCGUCCAGUCGCCCUUCUGCCUCGCCACUAUCAUCUCCAAGCCUUGAGUGCAAGCCCUCGUCACCGAUCGAGAGCAAGACGCCAUACAAACCCGUUGUGAACAAGAAGCAAAACGAGAACUCGACCACCCGGCGCCACUCCCAACUCUCAUGGGCCUCUGAUACUGAAGACGACACCCCCAUCCCUACCUCCACCAAGCCCGCUAAUCUCACAACCAAACCCCCUCGCCCAACCCAACAGCGACGCAAACCCGCUCCUCGCGAGAACAACAGACGUCCCGCGACGAAGUCCACUUCCACGAUCCCGACUCCGACCAAGCAAUCCGGUCUCGCAGCCUCCAAAUACGCCACUAAUGAUCACGCCGUAAACAACAGCACAAGCCACGCCAAGAACGCUACCCGUAAGAUACGCGGGCCGCAUCAUGGUAAACAUGUGGAAGAUGUCGGCGUACCAGAGCGCUUACACGCGGAGAUUGAGCAGUUGAGGAGGGAGGUGCAUCAGAAAGAGAAAGAGAGGGUGAAGAAAGGUGGGGGUGCUGUGAUGGCGGCACCUACAGCUGCUGGUAGACGGACAGCUGUGUGA